GCGGGUUUCCGGGAAAGGCCUUCCUGGGGAUUGUUGACUGGUGUGGAGUAAAGUCCAGGGCGGUGCACGGUUGGGGUCGGGCCCCUGACCUCGGCGUACCCUCCCCUUGCACGCCGGGCUCCGCUCAGCCAUGGAGAACGGAGGACGGCCCUCGCUGGUCCAGUUCAUCCUUCUGGGCAGCAGCUCUGUGGUCACCGCUGUCCUGUACACCGUGUACCGGCAGAAGGCCCGGGACGCCCAAGAACUCAAGGGAGCUAAAAGAAUCCACUUGGGUGAAGACUUGAAGAGUAUCCUUUCAGAAGCCCCAGGAAAAUGUGUGCCUUAUGCUGUCAUCGAAGGAGCCGUUCGGGCUGUUAAAGAAACGCUUAACAGCCAGUUCGUGGACAAUUGCAAGGGCGUGAUCCAGCGGCUGACGCUUCAGGAGCACAAGAUGGUGUGGAACCGCACCACCCACCUUUGGAACGACUAUUCCAAGAUCAUUCACCAGAGGACCAACACGGUGCCCUUUGACCUGGUGCCCCAUGAGGACAGCGUGGAUGUGGCCGUGCGAGUGCUGAAGCCCCUGGACGCCAUGGACCUGGGCCUAGACACUGUGUACGAGAAGUUCCACCCCUCCGUCCAGUCCUUCACGGAUGUCAUCGGCCACUACAUCAGUGGGGAGCGGCCCAAAGGCAUCCAGGAGACCGAGGAGAUGCUGAAGGUCGGGGCCACCCUCACGGGCGUGGGCGAGCUGGUCCUGGACCACAACUCCGUCCGCCUGCAGCCGCCCAAACAGGGCCUGCAGUACUACCUGAGCAGCCAGGACUUCGACAGCCUGCUGCAGCGGCAGGAGUCGAGCGCCAGGCUCUGGAAAGUCCUGAUGCUGGUGUUUGGCUUCGCCACGUGCGCCGCCCUCUUCUUCAUCCUCCGCAAGCAGUAUCUGCAGUGGCAGGAGCGCCUGCGCCUCAAGCAGAUGGAGCAGGAGUUCCGGGAGCGGGAGGCGCAGCUGCUGAGCCGCGCGGCGCCCGAGGACAGGGAGGGCCUGAAGAGCACCUGCGUCGUGUGCCUGAGCAGCGCCAAGUCCUGCGCCUUCCUGGAGUGCGGGCACGUCUGCUGCUGCACCGAGUGCUACCACUCUCUGCCGGAGCCCAAGCGGUGCCCCAUCUGCAGGCGGGAGAUCGCCCGGGUGGUCCCCUUGUACAACAGCUAACAGCCUUGCAGCCCCAUAGUUCCACACGAAACGAACCCUCUCCCUUUUAGGGGUUUUAUCGUUAGGCCUUAGAGGAGCAGUGGUGGGGACGGCCGUGUGACAGACGGAGGGAGGGAGGCGGGCAGCUCUCCAGACCCCGAGCCCCCAGCAGUGGGGUGUGGCCUUUCCGGCCUGAGAGGGGCCCCUUUCCAGCACAGUGUGAGCCUCAAGGCGCCACCGCAGGGCCCCAGUAAGGGUGCGUGUGACUGAGGACGCCUCAUCGCUUACGCCAAAGCCAGUGAUCUUCAGCUCUUGUGUUCCUGUGUCUUCAGAUCCUUUCUGGGGAGUCGUGGCUUCUCGUGGACUUGAGCCUCGAAUGACUCAGCCAGGGGGGGGGCAAAGGUGGGCUCUCCACGGGGCGUGUGCCUCGCAGAGCUGCCUCUGAAGAGACUGUCUGGUCUUUCUUCCCUUUGCUUACACCCCAGGGAAAAACUGUCAGCCUGGACGUGUCACUUGUGUCCCUGUACCUGCUUGCCUCCUAAACGCGUGCACGCGUAUGUCAGGACAGAACGUGAAAUCCAGCAUCUGCCUUUUUCCGAAAAGGAUGGAACUCUGAUCAGCGGAGUGAGGAGUGGUCACUUGAAAGGACGGUUGGAAUGGUGGUCAGUUCAGCGGUCGCUCGCAGUGGCGGAGACAGGGCAGCUCGGCUGCAGCCUCCUCCCGUCGCCACUGCCCCACAGGGAGGGCCGCCCGAGCAGGCUCCCACGCCGACCUGGAGGUGCGAGGCCCAAAGGGGCUGCCGGGUGCCUCUGGUUCUCCCUGCCCUGGGUGAGCUGGGAAGGGCUCACAUCCCGCUGUGAGCAAUAACGCCGCUGCCGCCUGGGCUGCCUGGGCCGCCUGGCCGGCUCAGCCCCUCUCUGGCUCAGCCCCUCUCCGAGGCUCUCGCCCAGGAAAAGUCACCAGCCAGCACCCUGUGCACGGAGCCUUUCCGGGCUCCCCACAGCCCCGCGAGAAGUCGACACCCCCCGGGGCGAUCCCAUUGCCCUUCCUCCGUUCCUGUCCGCCCCUCCUGCCCGGCUCGAGUUCGUGAGACGAGUGGGGGGGGGCCUCACUUGCCACUUGAGUGGUCUCGUCUCCCUUCCGUGGCUCUGAAUGUCCACUCUCCCCCGAUCCUCCUCUGCAGGGAGGCGGGUGCUCUCAGGGGGCUGACACCAGUUCUAUGCAGUGUCCAGCGUGGACAGCACAAAUUAAAUUUGCUACAACCAA